UUCUAAACUUAAUUUUGUUUACUUACAGUAAUAGGGCUUGAAGUUUCUGGAAUUUAUUUUCAGAUGAAGCUGUUUAAUUCGUAUUUUGUACUUGUAAAUGGACAGUUGGGGAGUAGGCAAAAUGAUUUUUCUUCUUUUAAUUUUAAUUUCACUGUUUUAAUUUCAUUAAUACAAAUCGAAAAAGUUUUUAGGACCUUAACUUCAUAAUUUGAUGACAUUCAAUUAAAAAAUUUUACACUGCAUAUAGCAAUUCAACCAUCAAAACUCAACUUUUAUGUGUAAGAUACUAAAUUCUUAAGGAAUUGAUAGAUACUAAUUAGAACUUCUUCGAUCUCAUCUAAUUCUUCAAAUGAUCAAUUUGUGCAAUAAAUCAUUAAUGACCUUUAUGUAACGUUUGAGAGUCCAUAAUUGGAGGCUUGAACUUAGAUUUAUAUUGAAUUCAACAAAAUUUAGAUUACUCUUUUGUGUUUCAAUUUGUUCAAAUCCAUAAAACCUAAACCCAAAGCUUGAAAAUCUUGCACCUAAACACAAUGAAAAACUUCAGAAUUCGAAUCGUCCCUCUCUUCUUUCCUUGGCUUUUGCAGGAGAUACAUUAAUUAUAAACAUUUGUUCCAUGAUGGAUAAAAUUACCUUGUAGAGGAAGAGGGAAAAAAAAAGUGAAGAAGACAUUAGGCAUGGACUCCUACUCAGUGUCACACAAAGAUGAGAAACACCGAUAGCCACUGAGGCAACCCAAACCAGUGCCCCAGAGGGUAGAUGCCUUCUAGAACAGUUAAAGCACAGAGCAGCACCAAACCCUGGAGAUUUAUGAAAGUCUCAAAAGAAGAACAAUCUGAAGUCCAACUUGGUGAAAUAAAAUCAAGGUUUGACUUCAUCUCUGGUAGCUUGCAGUAAAGGGUUCUAGAAUAAGGCAUGCAAGUGUAGAAGUUGUGCAUGCAAAUUGAUUGAAGAGAAGUAAGAGGAGUAGGAGGAAGAUUAAACAAUCCCUAGCAACUCAGGGAUCAGGUAGUAGCAUGGUUUUAAAUAACUGCCAUGACCUUUACGUAAUGAUUUUUUGGGUUACCGACAUCGUUACACACUGCAAAAUCGGUAGGAAGAAAAAGCAUGGUCGUAGCAGCUGUCCGUUACAGACCGCGACCGUUAUGUAAAGCCGCUAUGACCGUUACAUAACCGCUAUAGGACUGUUAUGUCAAAAAAAUUAUUUUAUUUUUUAUUUUUUCUUCUCACUUUUUUUCCCUCUUUCAUAAAUCAUUCUCAAUAUACUAUGUGGCAAGAGGGGGAAAAGAUUAUAAUGAGGAUGACAAUGAUACAAAAUUUGCUAUUUUUUUAAAUACUCACAAGAGAUGCAUUAAUUAUUAAUUUGAAAAUACUAACUUGUUAAGAAAAUAUUUUAUUUUGAUAAUAUUAGUAAUUUGAUUUAUGUUCUAUAUUUUUCAACUUCAACGUUCUUUCUUUUCUAGUUAUUUUAUAUUUGUAUUAUUUGUAUCAUUGUAUGUCUCAUGUGUCUAAUAGAUUAAUAAAGUAUAUAAUGUAUUUUGUUUUAUUAACUAAUUUUGCACACAUGAUAAUUUAUCACACAUAAAAAUGAGAAGUAUAAAUACGCAUACACAUGUAAUUUUUCUAUCAAUGGUGGUUUAAAACAAAUGUAAACUUCUUGCCUUUACCAAAUAACUUAGUUGAACUAAAGGAUCCAAAAUACACUAAAAUUCUUUCUAAGAAGGGUUAAAAACUUAAAAAGUGCAAGUAUGCUAGUAUUGACAAGGUUGUGCGUGCUUGGAAAAAAUUCACAACCGUUACACCCGUUUCCCAUUUACCCCUGCUUUCCGUUACACCCGUUACCAGUCAGAUUAUGCUACCCGUUAAAACUUUGUGUAGUAGACACAAAAUAGAAUGCUAAAUGGAAGUUCAGAACAAAGAGAAUUUAAGGAGGCAGGAAUGAAGUAAGAUAGGAAGGGGGUGAUUUAGUUAUCAAAAGAGUUGAGGAGUGAGGUAAGGCUGAGAUAGGCUCUCUCUAGGAGAGAGAGAGAGUCAUGUAAGAGUGAAUUAAAAGAUCUCUAAAUGAUACUAGUGCAUUGAGUGGGAUAUUUAUAGUGGUAGUUGGGCAACCAUUACCGAAUGGGGCGAUCCCCCAUUAGGUAAAGCGACAAGUAAUGCUCUUUUGUAAAGAAAGGGGUCAAAAGCUACGCAAUGAGAAUGAGAUGAAAGUGGUUAAUAUUUGAGCUUAUUAGUAAUGGUUAUGAACUUGCAGGUUUGGACUCUCUCUCGAUCAAGUCUUAACUUAAGCCCUGCAGCAAAUCCCUGAAUUAGUCCCUUCUAACCCAUUUGCAGCCUUUCUGCACCCUUCAAUAAGCAUUUUCAAGCUUGCACAUCACACAAUACAUCACUUUUUUCACCUACAAAGCAUAAGCAAAGUGUACCUUUGCUUUUUCACCCAUUCCGCUUCAUCUACCCACUUUUCUUCCCUACCAACCACGAUUAAUUUUGGAUUCUCUCCAUACUUCGUAGAAGCCAAUCAACAUCAAUUCCAUCACCAACUUAAAGAAGAAUUAAGCCACCUCUCCACAAAUAGCUUCUCUAGUUCUCUUGCUAUAUAUAAUUUAACUAGACUCCAAAGGCACAUACCAUCAAAUCCCAAGAGAAUUGUUGCCAGGCAUGAAAAGCAUCAGCGGCAUUCUAACAUCACUGAUUUUCUUCAUUGAUGGGAUCAGCCAUAAUCAGUUUUUUCAUAUGGUCAGUGCCCAUGUUCCUCACAUUUUUCUGCCCAUUUGUUCUCACCUCAGACAAUGAAACUGCAGACUCUUUGGAUUCUCUUCUUCGAAGUUUUGCUUUUGAAGCAGUGGUCCAACACAGACCUCACACCAGUGUUUUGUACAAGGCCGACCUUCCUUCUAAUCUCUCUGGCAUUCAAGUCUCAGUUGUUAGGCUCAGAAGCAGGAAUUUCUGGCUCAGAGGUGCCAACUUUAGUGCCUUUAGGAUUCCCCCAAGCACUUUGCCGGUGCCUUACGUUAGGAGAAUUGCCAUAGUCUAUGUAGACCUAGGCAACUGGUCUUCCCACCAGUACAAUGUGCGUGGUUAUAGACUAACUACACCUGUGGUUGGUUUCAUGGUGUAUAAUGCAUCGAAUUCGAGCAGCACGAGCUUCCCGAAGCUCGAUCUCGACUCGACGAGAAGACCCAUUUCUGUACAUUUUCCCAAUUCGACGUUGAACAGCACCGGGAUGAAAUGUGCUGCAUUUUAUGCCAAUGGGACAACUCACCUCAGUGACAUGAGCUUGCACAAUGUGUGUUUCACUGAGGAGCAGGGUCAUUUCUCCAUUGUUGUUCCAGUGGAGAGGAAGCGGGUGGAGAGGAGUUUGAGGGAGAUAGAGUUUUUGAUAGGGUUUUCAGUGCUGUUUGUAUUAGUGAGCAUUGUUGGGAUGGUGAUUCUCAAGCAAGUUAAGGCACAGGGUUGAGGAAAUUAAUGGGAAAACAAGCUGAUGAAGGACAAAAUGAACACGAGCUCAAUUAGGUUUUGAAUUUGUUUUAAUUUUAAAAAAUAUUAACUAUUAGCUAGUUUGUAGUUUUUAGUUUUCACUUGUGAUGUUUAUAUUUUUAAUUUUUGAAAAUGAUACUGAACAUUCCCUUACUUAA